AUGAAGGACCCUAUAUGGGUUCCGCUUUACCUCUGCAUUUUCAUUGCAUCAGCAGUCGCGCUCUAUCGUCAGGUCGCAAAGAGAAUCCCGUACCGCUAUACUUCGAUCCCUCAAGGAAACGACACCAUUCGCUUGCUUCGUCUACUUCCAAGUAAAGACGCUACCGCCGCUAUCAAAUGCCAGCUCUUCAACUACUCUCUAGCACCAGACAUAAAGUCUCACCGGUACGAGGCAUUAUCCUACGUAUGGGGUGAUGAAAACACGACUAUCCCUGUCUUUAUAGACGGGUAUGUCUUGUCCGUUAAGGCAAACCUUCACGCGGCACUGGUACAUCUUCGAGAUCGCUCUUUUGAACGAAUUUUAUGGGUAGAUGCUCUUUGUAUCAACCAAGAAAAUGUCAACGAGAAAGAGCAACAGAUUCCGUUCAUGGCGAGGAUCUAUCAUCAAGCAAGCCGCGUAGUUGUUUGGCUUGGAGAGGCGGCGAACAGUAGUAGCCUAGCGCUCGAAAAAAUACGCGAUGCUGGAGGCAAGAAGUCGGAAGACUCUCCAAACAACGAUUUGAUUCGGCAAGACUCUCCAAACAACGACUUGAUUCGGGAAGCAAUUCUCGCGCUGCUUCAACGACCAUGGUUUCGGCGCAUCUGGAUACUUCAGGAAGUUGGCGUAGCCCGACAUAUCCUAAUUAUGUGUGGCGCCACGGAGAUUGAUGGACACGCCUUCUGUUUAGGUGUGGAUUCACUCAAGGACUUAUACAAAGCUCGCGCAGGCUUGCAGAGUUUGAUCCGUUCGGUGACCUACUUGAUCAAAGGAGCUAUCUUUAGGCCGAGCUACGGGUUAGACCGGGCUUCUCAAGAACCACUGGGUCAGCUCAUAGAUACGUACCAUACACAUGAGGCUACCAAUCGCCACGACAAGGUGUAUGCCCUGCUCGGCAUGACCUCUGAUGAUAUCAACAAAGCUGGCCUGUCGCCUAACUACGAAGUUCCAUGGAAGGAACUCUUGCGGCGACUGGUUAAGUUUCUGCUCUCUGAAGAGAUAUCUGUGGAGACCCAGGGAGACGAGGACAUUGCAGUAAUUAAGAGCAAGGGCUUCUUUCUUGGCCAUGUAUCAAGGGUAUCGACUAGUGUUCUGGAUGACAAACAGGACGUGUAUGUCACUUUCAAGAAUCUGUCCUGGUUAGAUGUACAAAGAGGACUUUCGGAGACUCACUUGAUUCUCCAGCUCUCGGCAAUACUCAUUAAAGCAGGAGAUAUAUUCUGCCUUCUUCCAGGAGCUUCAAAGACUACAAUCGUCAGACCAUGCAAAGAUUAUUUUGCCAUUGUUAUGAUUGCAGCUACUCCUCCUCCAACGGACCUAUACACCUGGAAAACAGUCCUCGCCCGCGAUUUUCUACUUGCCUGGGAUUGGAGAAAC